AUAUCAUUCCGGAUAAUGAUGGAAAAUUAAUAAUGUACGGUGAACCAAAUAAAGAUAAAACUCACUUAGUUUCUGGGAAACUUCGUGUAAUAGUCUCAAAACCAUUGAAAAUAAAAUCUAUAACCAUCAAAUUAAAAGGAAAAACAGAGUAUUCGGAUUGGGAAAAUCAAUAUUCUUGCUUAAAUGUACUUAAACUUGAACAAAUACUUUAUGAAAAGAACGUUUUACAAAAAGGUGUAACAGAUCUUAACUUUGAACUUAGAGUACCUGGAAAUACACCUCAAAGUUAUGUUACUAGUUUUGGUUUGAUCAGAUACAAGCUGAUGGCUGAAGUUCAACCUUCUUCAAUGCUUACAAAAUGUGAAAGAGUCGAACGAGAACUUCUGCCUGCACCACCUACAAAAAUUUAUAGAGGUCAGAGAAGGAAUAUUUUAAAAUACGAGCUAGAUAUUCCUACUGUCAUAAGUGUUAACGAAAGAAGUUUGUUGAUCAGAGUUAGAUUAUUACCGUGUAGCGAACAGGGCUAUGUCAAGAGAAUUACUUUCGAUCUAGUUCAAUCUGAAAAAUACAGUCAACAAGAUAUAAUAUAUUAUGGUAUUGAUAGCACCCAAUUUGUUGGCAAUGUUCAAUUGAACGGCUCUGUACCGUCAAAACGUAAACGAACUAGUCAAAUAAAACCAACGGCUCUAGCUAUUUUCAGUAAUGAUGACAAUUGGAAUAAUCCAUUGACUUAUAAUCUUCCUUUCGUUCAAUAUUCUCGUACCGCAACAUCUGGUAAAGCCCGUGCAUCUAAGUUAAAAGCGACAAUUGAUUCUCCGCUAAUUCGUGUUAGGCAUAAACUUAGACUUUCAAUGACUUUUAGAGACGAAAAUGAGAAGGAUUUAGAAUUAGGUUUUCCAAUCACUAUCACAACCAUUCCGGAAGAUGAUUACUCUUCGAUUUUCAGUAUGCUUUGUGAUAAUAGUCUGCCUUCUUACGAUGAUUGUAUAGAAGAUUCUCCUACAAUGGGUUAUGAAGAAUCCGGUGAUUCUAGACCCAUUAGCCCUUUAUGUGAAUUAAAUAAUUCUAGAAGCAAUUCUAGGAAUCAUUCUAGAAGUAAUUCAAGGAAUCAUUCCAGAAGUAACUCUAGAAAUCCCUCUACAAAUAACACUAGGUCUGCAUCUCCAAAUCUUGAUGAUAUAUACAAUGAUGGUUUUACAGAUAAUUCCUCAAGCGGAGGAAAUGGAACUUCGAAUGGCUCAAUAUUGUCAGAUCCACGUCAACCAAUCCUAAAAAAUAAAAAGAGUCAACGUUCUUUGGUAGACCGUCUUUUACAUAGAAAUGAAAAUAAUUCAAGAACAGCUUCACCACCUCGGAGUAUUCCUAUCGCUUAUACUACACCGACAUCACAUCCGAGUUAUAGUAAUUUAAAUACUUCUCCGCAAGAUCAUAACCGUGUGCUACCAGUAACUUCUCAUGACCUUCCUUCUUAUUCACAAAUGCCUCCUGACUCUAAUACCAGCUAUUUAUCCACAAGAAGAAAACGUACAACUUUAUAUUUAAAUAUGCCUGAUGAAGACGAUUACGAGACAAACACGCAUUUAGAAAUUCACAGUGCACCUAGCAGCCCUAAACUUUGCGGAGCUUCAAUGACAUUAGGUGAUGACGCUUCUAAUGAAUUAUCUUUUAACAGUAGUGAUGCUUUUACCGGAGAAAAUAGUAAUAUCUUAUCACCACCAAAUAUGAGGAAAAAAUCGCAUAGAAAGUCCGCAAGUUUUGAUUUGAAUCUAAAAAGUCCCGGUAUUACAAAUUCUAGAUUCCUUAAUAAUACACUAAGGACUAGUGGUGAUAAAACAUCGUAUGAUGAUUUAUUUGGACGUAGCAUUAGUGGAAUAAACAUUAAUAUUCAAACACCAAGUCCUACCUUUGGAACUAUAUACAAGUAG